AUGUCGAGUUUUAUAACCACCAAUAAACAAAACGCAUCAGCUAGUCCAGUCUAUGAAUGUGGGCUUUAUGAAGACACCUACAUCUGUACUGGUGCUCAGUACCAACUGUACUGUAACACAAGUGUACAUAACUUCUGGUACUCAGGAUAUCUCAACCAGAUCACACACAGAUGCAGUGGUUAUGGCUGUGACUGUACUGGUAAUACGAACACAUGUACAUGUACCAGUAGCACUUCCUCCUGUUUCUGCAAAAAUUACAAAAACCACACUAGUCCAUCACUUAUUCCUCGCUAUGACUGUGAGCUCUAUGAAAACAGCACUUACAUCUGCACUGGUGUUCACUACAGCAUGUACUGUGAUAUAAAUGACUAUGAACUUCAUUACACAUUAAAGCACCAUCACUGCUUGAGGAAUAACUGUGACUGUCAGGGUGAUAUGUACGACUGUGACUGCUAUCAAAGUAAAAACUCCACCUGUCUAUGCACUAAGUCUGUCAAUACAACUACAACACCAACACCAACAUCUUUCAGUCCCACAACUGCAUCUCUGAAUCUCACACUGCUGAAGAAUUGCACGGGCACAGAAUGUAUAACCAACCUUCUUGAUCUGAUAGAGAACACCACAGAGCUCCCUUUGAAAACCGUCACAGAUCUUUUGGAUGUGGUUUUUAAUGCUUCUGUGAAUAUAAACUCAUCAUUGGAUGACCCAAUGAAAUUAAUGCAAGCAGGGAACCAGGCCUUAAAAGCCAGCGAGAAGCUCGUCUCAAUGUUGGUGAAGGAAACAAACACCAGUGAGAGAGUCAGUUUAAUUCGUGAAACUGUAGCGGCACAAGUCUUCAUGGUUGGACCACAGGUCACCUUAAAUAAAACCUCCAACCUCACCUUAGAUCAAAUCCCUCAGCUCAACACAACAAAUGCUUCAAUAGACAUUGAUCUCAUUGGAAAUGCUUUGAACAACAAUGGAUCAGCUGCUGUGGCUUUCAUGAGCUACAGCACAAUGGAGGACCUACUGAAACCAGACUUCUUCAACAAAUCAAAUAACACAGUUAAUACCAUGAUGUCCACUGUCAUCUCAGCUACUCUUCCUAAAACCACCAACACAACCCUCACCAAACCAGUUAACUUCACCCUCAAACACAUCAGAGAGUUAAACGACACUGGUAAUCUUUUCUGUGUGUACUGGAACAUCAGUGAGUGGAUUGUAGAUGGUUGUUCUCUGGUAAACACCAACAGCAGCGACACUGUGUGUUCAUGUCUUCAUCUGUCAACAUUCGCUCUCAUCAUGCAAACCAGCAGCAGCCCACCAGAGGAUAAUCCUCUGAUGGAGAUAUUGAAUUUGGUGUUUGUGAUCGUGGGCCUGGUGUUUACUAGUUUGGCUCUGUUGACUUUUGCUUUCUGUCGAUGGAAACCUGGAGUGAACAAUGUAGCUCGAAUCAACCUCUGCAUCAGUCUGCUGUCUGCUCAUCUUCUGUUCUUACUCACACAACAAUUCAUCAAACUCAUAAAACCUCACAAGGAGUUGUGUGCUGUGAUAUCAGGAGCUCUUCACUUCUUCUUUCUCUCCUGCUUUGUGUGGAUGUUCAUUGAAGCUGUGCUGCUCUUCAUCUGUGUGAAGAACCUAUCACAGAUCAGCUCCAAACAGAGGGCGGUGCUUAACAGUGGAUUCUUGAUUGUGAUUGGAUAUGCGAUCGCCUUUGUUAUAGUGGGCGUGUCUGUUGGACUGGUUCCUGAAGGUUAUGGCAGUGAAAAAUGCUGGAUUAAACCGGAGCAAGGCUUCAUCUGGAGUUUUCUGGGACCUGUUUGCUUCAUUCUUGCUAUAAACACGAUUCUCUUCAUCAGUAUCAUCAGCAUUCUGAACUCAACUCUCAAAAACCUCAACGCUGAAGUAUCACUGACAAAACAAACCAAGAUUAUGGUUUUUAAAACUCUGGCCCAAAGUGUGAUUCUUGGUUGUCCCUGGAUUUUGGGUUUCUUCGUUAAUUACAGUGAAAUGAUUGAGAUUAUCUUCCUGAUCCUGAACUCACAGCAAGGAACCUUCAUCUUCCUGAUCUACUGUUUUCUUAAUGAUGAGGUCAGACAGCAGUAUAUGGAGUGGAUAAGAGCUGUCUUUCCCUGACUGAAACCAGAAACCAUCAAAGUUGCCUCUCUAAAAACUGAGAGCCAGAUUAUUAAUGUUUAGUAAAUUGUAAGCCCAUAAAAGAGCUGUUAUUAUAAAAAUGGUUGUAUCUAUUACAGUAAAAUAAAACUACAGCAAAAUCAACUUUAGAUGUUAAAGUUGAUAUUUUCUGUAAAUGUUACUGAUAAACAUGUCACAUUUAAUUUUUUCUUUAAGCCUGUUUAUACUCUACAGCUUUAAUGUAAAUAAUAUUUUCUUCUGUAAUUCUGAAAAUUAAUGCCAGGAUUUGUUUAGGUUACAGACGUAUCGGAAACAUCCAGUUGAAGAGAUUUUUAUAAGUGUAUAAUGUUUGUAAUAAAAUAGGACAAAGCUAAGUGUGAAUAAAUUUGCAAUUGUUUUAAGGAUGUAUUUUUUACUUGACCACAUUUGUCACACCACAGAAAAAUGUGUUAUUUACCCCAAUUAGACUAACUUUAAAUACAUUCUUAAAAAUAUGACAUUUUUAAUUUAACAUACAUCCAUGCAUAAACUAUUGUCUGAUUCUUAGGCCAAAUUUCAUUGCACAGUAUGGUAAUCAAUUGAGACUUCAGAGGUCAUGACUUAAUAUAAUUCACAAUGUUG